GACGGAUUUGACAUACUCACACAUCAGGGGCGGGUCGAUUAUAUCCGGGCCGCCAUAGCCGCUGUUUUGCCCCGCCUACUACCCACACAGAUCAGAGAGGAUGAUCUUGCGCUACUUAUCUUACGCGAGCUCCUGACCACGUGCGUACUUGUACCUGCCCUGGAAUCUCUUGCCAAUCCCGUUACCAUCAACAACAUCAUAGUCAGUGCGUGUGCUUCCGGUACCCCAGACACAGCCUCGCCUGAGAACAAGCCUAGCACUGGCGCUACCGUUUCCGGGUCAUUAGAAACCGAUAGAGAUAUAAAAAGCUUUCCUCCCGGGCUUCACGGACCGCUCCCACCUAUACGGGUGAAGCUAAUGCAAACGUAUGGCAUCAGUACAUCAGCCUCGCUGUGGGCCAAAGCGUACUCGUUACCCUCCCUGAUCAGACCUGGGCGCGGGCGUAUGUUCUUCCGCCUGUAUCUGGCGCGGGAGUGCUCAGCGCAUCUUCUGGACUUCAUGGUGGACUUUGACGUAGCCGUCGAUCCCACUACCGACCCAGACGACACUCUGACUGCCGUGGAGAUUGGCGAUAAGUAUCUCAAUCAUCUGUCACCGGAUUGUCUGCCGUUUGAUGAGGAGUUCCGGAACGAGGUUAUAAACGCUAUAGGCGCAG